AUGGCGAUGAAGCAGCUGUUGGCAAAAGUGGUAGUCAUUGAGGUUCAAGGGUUGAAAUCAGUACCCGGAAGUAGGAUAGUGUAUUGUACAAUGGAGGUUGAUAAUUGUCCAAAGUUACAAACGGAUCACGCAGAAGCCUCGAAACCUCAGUGGGAUACGCAAGGCGAUUUUAAAACGAAGAAUCCUUUACCUAUUGUAAAAAUUAAGCUUUAUACUGAAGUAAAGAGUAUUGUAGCAUUUGAGGACAAAGAGUUAGGAAAGGUGAUAAUAAGGCCAACACCAAAUUGUUCAAAAGCACCAGAAUGGUAUAAAAUGACAGUGCCGCGAAACAGUCCGGACCAAAAUCUGAAGAUUAGGAUUGCCAUCAGAGUGGAAAAACCAAACAGUUUGAAAUGCUGCGGUUAUUGUUAUGCGUUGGGUAAGAUCGCAUGGAAAAGAUGGAAAAAACGGUUUUUUUGUCUUGUACAGGUAUCACAGUACACGUUUGCUGUCUGCAGUUACCGUGAAAAGAGGGCUGAACCAACUGAAUAUAUUCAACUUGACGGUUUUACUGUUGAUUAUAUGCCAGAUCCUGAUCCAGAUCUUUAUUGUCAAGGCGGAAAGUACUUUUUUUCUGCAAUUAAAGAGGGUGACGAAUUGAAAUUUGCGACUGAAGACGAAAAUGAACGUCAUCUUUGGGUUCAAGCUUUAUAUCGGGCCACAGGUCAGGCUUACAAGCCGGUUCCGCCAAAGCAGUCAACUAUAUUUCCCUCAAAAGCUCAAGGUUUUGCUGACAAAGCCAGCAAACAUGGAAUGGACGAAGUCAUACAAGCCGAUCCUAUAGGUUUCUCCCAUGACCACCUAUUUACCGCUUUGCAGUCGAAGACAUUGGAUUUUCGAUUAAGCGAACCCAUCUGUUCCCUGGGUUGGUUUUCACCUGGCCAGGUGUUUGUUUUAGACGAGUACUGUGCAAGAUAUAUGGUUCGUGGUUGUCAUCGGCAUGUUUCAUUGCUGAACGAUUUGCUUAACCAGUCUGGAAAACACUUUAUUGAUCCAACAUUGUUACAUUAUUCAUUUGCAUUCUGUGAUUCACAUGUUCAGGGAAAUAGACCGGACGGUGUAGGUACAGUAACACAUGAGGAAAAAGAUCGUUUUCAACAAGUGAAACAGCGUCUAAGAGCACUUUUGGAAGAUCAGAUUACUAGUUUUCGCGACUGCUUUCCAUUUGGUAGGCCAGAAGGUGCGUUAAAGGCUACGCUGUCUUUACUAGAACGAUUGCUGAUGAAGGAUGUUGCUGCUCCAAUGGAUCCAACGGGUGUUAGAGCUGUGUUGGCCAAAUGCCUUCGCAAGGCUGCUGAUAAGAAUUAUGAAGCCUUAUGUAAUGAGGCGCAGAUUGAGCGUGAGAUUUACCGCAAAGAACGUGGGCCCAGCAAUGUUAGUCCACAGCAACGGAUUGAGGAUAUGCUUCGGUUGACGGAACUGUGUAUCGAUCUAAUUAAGGAAAAUGAGGAGCAUCAUGGCGAAGAGUUUCGAAAGGCAUUUGCAUGGUUCAGUGAUCUUUUGGCGGAACAUGCAGAAAUUUUUUGGCAACUAUAUGCUGUUGAUUUGGAUGCAACACUUGCUGUACAACCAGAAAACACCUGGGAUUCAUUUCCAUUAUUUCAACUUUUGAACGAUUAUUUGGUCACUGAUAAGCAUCUGAAAAAUGGGCAUUUUCAUAAAAAACUUGCUGAACAGUUUGCACCAAAUGUCGUUCGAUAUAUUGAAGUUAUGGAGCAUUCGAUAUCACAAUCAAUUGAAAAAGGUUUUACGAGAGAAAAAUGGGAACCUCGCAAGGAUGGAUGUGCUACAUCAGAUGACAUAUUUUGGAAGCUGGAUGCACUGCAAUCGUUCGUACAGGAUUUGAACUGGCCGCAGGAAGAGUUUGCUAAUUGGUUGUACCAAAGGAUGAGAACUUUGGUCAACGAUAUGAUUAGUAAAUGUGCUAACUGCACUUAUCAAUCGUUUGAUUCUUGGAUGCAACAUGCAAAGAAAUCAACAGACUAUGCUGUACCGUCAGAAGUGUGUGUUAUGGUGAAUGUUAUUAAUUCCGCAAAAACUCGAGCGACUAAAUUAGUAUUGGAAUCAAAGCCAGAGUAUCGUUAUCAUUCAAAGCUGGAUGAAACUUUGGAUAUGAUGCUAAAAGAUAUGGCCACGUGUUUGUACGAUAAGUUAAUCUCCAUCUUGGAUUUGGUUAUGUCGAGACUGGCACGGUAUGAUGAAGGAAAUCCUAUUGGGACACUUCUUUCUAUUGCGCCAAAACCGACAUCUAUAUUCAACAAAGUAAAGAACGUUGUUGGCGAACAAGGCGUACUGCACAACAUUACAGGGGGAUCUUCGUCUACUCCUUCCACACCAAGGCCUUCUGCUGCUCAACCACAGAACUCUGGUCACUUAGGUAAUACAUAUGUAACUUUUGUUCGGAACUCUACUGAACAACUUCGAGAAACAAUCACCGAUGAAGUUUGGGUCAACGCUUUAUUUGAGAGGUGGUACAAUGGUCAAAUGGAAAUGCUGAACGUAUGGCUGGGAGAACGGUUACAACAAUCUUUAUCACCGUACCAGCUCACCUGUAUAUCAGUUAUGAUUAAAAAGAUUUACUCCGAUUUCGAACUGCAAGGUAUCGACGAUGAGUGCUUGAACAGUAAGGUUUAUCAAACUAUACAACGACGAAUUCAAUUCGAGGAAGCAAAUAAUGCGAAUAAACCUGCAGCUGGUAAACCUUCGUCGUCUACCAGCAACAGUAUGCUGUUUGAAAAUGCAACUCAAGCGGUUUCCAGCGUUGGCAGUAUCGUCGAGGGUGCUGGUGCAAAGAUGUUCUCGUUUUUCAAAUGA